UGUACACACUUGAGCAGAGGAGAUCGAUCGAAGAAGAAAGAAUCCCCGGUUCAGUUGUUGCAGAGGAAGAGUAGUCUGCAUGCGAUGGCGUCCAUGAUGGGAGGGGACUUCGUGGAGGCCUACGUGCUCAGGAACGCCUGCAAGGAGAAGCUGCGGCGCAUGAAGGCCGCCGAGGAGAGGAAGAGAAAGGGGGGCUCCGGCGAGAAGAAGGACGCCACGAGCAGCGGCGGCAGCGGCAGCGGCAGCGGCAGCGGCAGCGGCAGGGGAGGAGGGCUGUUCGGGCUCGUCAAGAAGAAGGUGCAUCCCAAAGCGGCCGCGUCGAGUGAGACCACCGUAGGAGCUUCUGCCUGAUGGAUUCAGGCAUUCAGCUGUGCGCGCAUCUGCAGCCGCCAUUGCCGAUCGAUCAACCGGUCGUCGUGAGACGAAGCACGUAUACUAUCUACAUUCUACUAGUUUGGUCAGCAGCAGCAGCAGCAGUAUAUAACUUGUUCUUUCCUUCUUUUUUUGUUCUUUCUUUCUUGAUAAUCGAGCGUCUAACUCGCUUGAUGACGAUCAUGUUGUUUCACUUGUUACUCACCGUGGUUACGGGAAACGACAGACAGAAAUGCGUAGAAAUUCCUUCCUAAUUAAAGUCCUUACAACUCUU